AUCAGUAGUGAAAGCUGCGGUAGCGACUCUCCAGCCUCGCCAUGAAGACCCGCUUUAGCACCGUUGACCUCCGUGCGGUACUCGCGGAGCUGAAUGCCAGCUUGCUAGGAAUGCGAGUAAACAAUGUUUACGAUGUGGAUAAUAAGACGUAUCUUAUUCGUCUUCAAAAACCAGACUUUAAAGCAACACUUUUACUUGAAUCUGGCAUACGAAUUCACACAACAGAAUUUGAGUGGCCUAAGAAUAUGAUGCCGUCUAGUUUUGCCAUGAAGUGCCGAAAACAUUUGAAGAGUCGGAGAUUAGUCAGUGCAAAACAGCUUGGUGUGGAUAGAAUUGUAGAUUUUCAAUUUGGAAGUGAUGAAGCUGCAUAUCACUUAAUCAUUGAACUCUAUGAUAGGGGGAACAUUGUUCUUACAGAUUAUGAAUAUCUAAUUUUAAAUAUCCUAAGAUUUCGAACUGAUGAGUCAGAUGAAGUUAAAUUUGCUGUUCGUGAACGCUAUCCUGUUGAUCAUGCUAGAGCUGUUGAACCUUUGCUUACCUUGGAAAGACUGACUGAAAUAAUAACCAGGGCACCUAAGGGUGAACUACUAAAGAGAGUUCUUAACCCAUUACUUCCCUAUGGAUCAGCUCUCAUUGAACAUUGUCUUAUUGAAAAUGGAUUCUCUGGCAAUGUCAAAGUGGAUGAAAAAUUUGAAAGUAAGGAUAUUGAAAAAGUACUUGUUUGUCUGCAGAAAGCAGAAGACUAUAUGAAAACAACGUCCAACUUCAGAGGAAAGGGAUAUAUCAUUCAGAAAAGAGAAAUAAAACCAAGCCUGGAAGUAGAUAAACCAACUGAAGACAUACUCACGUAUGAGGAAUUUCAUCCUUUCUUGUUUUCUCAACAUUCACAAUGUCCAUAUAUAGAAUUUGAAUCAUUUGACAAGGCUGUGGAUGAAUUUUAUUCCAAGAUCGAAGGUCAGAAAAUAGAUUUAAAAGCUUUACAACAGGAAAAACAAGCAUUGAAGAAAUUAGAUAAUGUCCGAAAGGAUCACGAAAACAGAUUAGAAGCUCUUCAACAGGCUCAGGAAAUAGAUAAACUUAAAGGAGAGCUCAUAGAAAUGAAUCUACAAAUAGUUGACAGAGCCAUUCAGGUUGUUCGAAGUGCUUUAGCCAACCAGAUAGAUUGGACAGAAAUUGGGUUAAUUGUGAAAGAAGCCCAAGCUCAAGGAGACCCUGUUGCAAAUGCAAUCAAAGAAUUAAAACUACAAACAAAUCAUGUUACAAUGCUACUAAGAAAUCCAUACUUAUUAUCAGAGGAGGAAGAUGACGAUGUUGAUGGUGACAUCAGUGUUGAGAAAAAUGAAACUGAACCACCAAAGGGAAAAAAGAAAAAGAAAAAGAAUAAACAGCUGCAGAAGCCUCAGAAAAAUAAGCCAUUACUUGUUGAUGUUGAUCUCAGUUUAUCAGCAUAUGCCAAUGCCAAAAAGUAUUAUGAUCACAAGAGAUAUGCUGCUAAGAAAACACAAAAGACUGUUGAAGCUGCUGAGAAGGCAUUCAAAUCAGCUGAAAAGAAAACAAAGCAAACCUUAAAAGAAGUCCAAACAGUUACCUCUAUUCAAAAAGCAAGAAAAGUGUAUUGGUUUGAGAAAUUUUUGUGGUUCAUUAGCUCAGAGAACUAUUUAAUUAUAGGAGGACGAGAUCAGCAACAGAAUGAAAUAAUUGUGAAAAGAUACUUGACAGCAGGGGACAUUUAUGUACAUGCUGAUCUUCAUGGAGCUACUAGCUGUGUCAUUAAAAAUCCAACAGGAGAACCGAUUCCUCCUCGAACCUUGACUGAAGCUGGCACAAUGGCACUUUGCUACAGUGCUGCUUGGGAUGCCCGAGUUAUCACUAGUGCUUGGUGGGUGUACCAUCAUCAGGUGUCUAAAACAGCACCAACUGGAGAAUAUUUGACAACAGGAAGCUUCAUGAUAAGAGGAAAAAAGAAUUUCCUUCCUCCGUCAUAUCUAAUGCUGGGGUUUAGCUUCCUCUUUAAGGUAGAUGAGUCUUGUGUUUGGAGACAUCGAGGUGAACGAAAAGUCAGAGUGCAAGAUGAAGACAUGGAGACACUGGCGAGUUGCACAAGUGAACUCAUAUCAGAAGAAAUGGAACAACUAGAUGGAGGAGACAGUAGCAGUGAAGAAGAUAAAGAGGAAUUACAGGAAACUCCUGUGGAAGUGGAAUUCAUGUCUCAGGUUGACCAGGAGGGUAUUAAUAUUCAUAGUGGUGGAGAUGAGCUAAAUGAAGAACUAAUGCAGGAAGAGAGCUCCGAAGAUGAAGGAGAAUCUGAAGAGGUAGUAAAAGAUCAGGAAUCUGUUGGUGAAAUGAAGGAUGAAGGGGAAGAGAUAUUAAAUUAUCCUGAUACUACCAUUGACUUGUCCCACCUUCAGUCCCAGAGAUCCCUCCAGAAAUUGGCUUCAAAAGAAGAAUCUUCUAAUAUGAGUGACAGUAAAUUACAGAGCCGGAGACAUUUGUCAGCCAAGGAAAGAAGGGAACUGAAGAAGAAAAAGCUUCCAAGUGACUCAGGGGAUUUAGAAGUGAUAGAGGGAAAAGACAAAGAAAAAGAAAAUGCUCUACACCUUGAAACACAUCAGAACACAGGCAAAAAUGCCCCAGCUGUGCAGCCAGUGAAGCGAGGACAAAAGAGUAAAAUGAAAAAAAUGAAGGAAAAAUACAAGGACCAAGAUGAAGAAGACCGUGAACUCAUUAUGAAAUUGCUGGGGUCUGCAGGUUCAAAUAAAGAAGAGAAAGGGAAGAAGGGGAAGAAAGGAAAAAUGAAGGACGAACCAGUGAAGAAACAGCCCCAGAAACCUAGAGGAGGACUACAGGUCUCAGACAGCAUAAAGAAAGAAACCCCAUCCUUUGAGGUUAUAACUCAUGAGUUACAAGACUUGGCUGUAGAUGAUCCACAUGAUGACAAGCAGGAAGAGCAAGAUCUGGAUCAACAGGGAAACGAGGAAAACCUGUUUGACUCUUUGACGGGACAGCCACAUGCUGAAGAUGUACUAUUGUUUGCCAUUCCAAUGUGUGCCCCUUAUACCACCAUGACAAACUAUAAAUACAAAGUGAAACUUACUCCUGGAAUUCAAAAAAAGGGAAAAGCUGCAAAAACAGCCUUGCAUAGUUUCAUGCAUUCCAAAGAAGCAACAGCAAGAGAAAAGGACUUAUUCCGCAGCGUAAAGGACACGGAUUUAUCAAGAAACAUUCCUGGCAAAGUGAAAGUGUCUGCACCCAAUCUUCUGAAUAUAAAGAGGAAAUAGCUGAAAUGAAAUCCUAAAAUAUAUUAAGAGGAGCCACUUUUAUAGUCUUUUGGAAGUUCAAAGAUGAAAAAACUAUGUAACAAGAUUUCGGCUUUUAAAAAUGAACUAAACAUUGCCUUGCUAUAUCUGCCAAAAGGACUUACUCUUGUUUUAUUCCACUUUUAUAGAGAGGAGACACUGUCUAUGAUAGGAUUUCCAAAAUAUUUGUGGGCAGUUAAAUGCUAAUUGUAUACAUCUGUAGUUAUUCUAAAUUUUCUCGAAACUUGUGAGGUUAUUAAGUAUUCAUGCUGUAAAGAAAUUGAAUAGUGAAAUGGCUCAGUUACUUAGACUAUUGACUUGGUAGUCUACUGUAUAUAAUGUCUAAUAUAUCUAUCACUCACAGGCCAAUCACAAGUUGUUGGAUUUUGUUUUUUUUCUGGUGGUGGUGGUUGGGGGCAGUUAAACAUUUAGAAUUGAGUCUUGAAAACCCUAAGUAUUGAAGGAGUAAGUUUCCUUCUGCCAUAUACUUGUCAAAAUGUAUAUUAGAUUUAAAAUAUAAAUAAUUCCCAUGACUAAGCUUAAGGAAUAACACUUUGAAGAAAUUGGUGUUGAACAUUUCCAUGCAUUUACACACCCUCAUUUUUCACCUUCUUUCUUGUAAUCUCAUUCAGUUCUGUACCAUUUUAUUUUCCACCUCUAAUAUCAGUGACAUGUUACUGAGUACCUUAACCUACAAUGUCAGAAGUGCACUUUUAGGGUUAGAGUCAGGAAAGACUCCAGACCCAGUUUUCUUCUGUCUCCUAGCAGAAUGGGGAAUAAGGUCAUACCUUAUUUCCAUUCUUUUAUGAGCUAUAAAACUGCUACUUUUUAAAUGAUCAAAUAACAGCUACUUAGAUUCAACAUGACCAAUUCCCCAAGACUCUAUACCAAAGCAUUUAAGGUCAAAGUACUAAACAGCUGUUUGUCCUUCCAGAAUUUAUUUACCAGUUUUCAGUCCUAUUGAGAGUAUUUUUCCAUUUGAAAUUGAUGUUUAAAAAAACUUUAUAACUAUGUAGCCUCAUAUUGUAAGUACAACAAAAUAGACUAUUCUUUUCAUUAAAAAACAUCUAAAUUUUUGAAAAUAAUAACUUCAACUUGGGGGGUAGUAUAAGUGUAUAGAUGACGUGUUGUAGAAUUGUGCACCUGAAACCUGUAUAAUGUUAACCAGUGUCAACCCAGUAUACUCGCAAUAAGAGCGGGAAAAACAACUUCACUAUUCUAGGUGGUAAGAAUAAGUAUGUUUCUACCGAUAGUUAUCUUGAAGUUAUCAAAAAGGAAAUAUAACAGCCAUUCCUUGGGGUAAAGCCCAAGUAUUAAUUUUCCUUUGUUUUAACAGAAGACAAUUUUACUGGUGUUAAAUACAUUUAUUGUAAACUUUGGACACAAAAAUAGGUUCUCUAGGCCAUUCACAUGCACAUU